AUGGAAAAAGAAGUGCUGCUUACAGAGGAUCCCCGAACGGAUCCCAUCUCACAGCGCAGCAGCUAUCAUGACGAGACCGAUUCUGCCAACUACACGGUGGAAGUGUUGUCAAAACGCAAAGCGCGUCACGGCCGGAUAUGGUCAACGAUUGCGAAGAUGGCGCUCAUUCCGGCCGCUGUCGUGAUAUUCUACCUCGGAAGAGCGACCCACGACAUGACGCCCGGGUACCCUCCCGAGCCGGUUUCCCUAGGGAAAUGCUCCCCGGACUGGAAGGUGUCCAAAGCCCGCGGCUGCGUGUACGACUUUGUCCUCUCGACGUGGAUGCACCCGCGAUGCUUCAACGAGGACAUGCACGAACGGUACCUCGGCUACAUGAAGUGGCGGAACACGACGUUCUGGUACGAGCGAGAGCGGAUCAACGAGGUCCCCUUCGACGUGGCGGCCAAAGGAGAGCACGGGGAGAUAUUCACGGACGGCACGGUUCACCACAUGCAUUGCAGCUACGUGUGGGACAGGAUCACGUACGCCUCCCACUUCAACCCCCGUGUCCUCGACUCCCUUUGCAGAGAUCCCAAACACGUCGAGCACUGCAUCUUGUACAACGGGAUCCCUCAGUCUUGGGAGAUUGACUUGCCAAACAUCACGCGAGUCUACAACGAGCCCCAUGAAGUAGACUGUUUGAUUGGAUAA